AUGCCUCUUUUCGGUCGACGAUUAUUUCAUCUUAAUGAAGAUGAUUUAAAAGAUAAUAAUGAACAAGAACAAACUUAUACAAUUGAACAUACUGGAGAAAAAUUUCAUUGUAAGAAACUAUAUGAAAAAUUAAAAAAAGCAUAUGAAUUAGAACGAUGGACAUGUGAAUGUACAUGGAGAGCUGGUUUAACACAUAAAGAAGCUUAUGAAUCAGAAGUUGAAACAAGAAAGUCCUUAUCAACUAUUGUUCCAAAUUACUUUCAUAAAUGUAUUUUUGAUAUUAUAUAUCAUAGUGUUAAACCAUUGGAAAAAUUGGCUGAGGAAGUGUCAAUUUUACUUGGACAAGGUUUUGUUAUUGGUGAACCAGUUCAAUUUAAAAAACGAAAAGAUACUACAGUUGUGAAAGGUACUAUCGAACGAAUCGAAGAAAAUGAUGAUCAACGUAAACGAACAUCCGAACGUACAUCUGUUCAAACACGACCAUUAUCAGAUAAACAAAUGAAAAAUGUCAAAUAUGCAAUUCGAUUAUCCGACGAAGAUCGUGUAAUGAGUAAUGUUCAGCCGAAUGAAUUACAACGAAGUAAUUUCAUACCUAAUCGUGAAAAAUUAAAAACAUUUAUUCGUUCGUAUGCAUUUCGUCUUGGCAAUCGAGCAGAUAGUCCAUGGAUAUUUUAUGAUGAAUCAAUUAAAGAAAAAUAUCAAAUAAAAGAUCGUUUACCAUCAACAGUUAUUGAACAAUCGAAAAAAUUAAUGACUAUUACAUUGGAUGAGAUUCUUCAUGAACAAGAACGUAUUCUACGCAAACAAACUGAAGAACAAAAUGCUCAAUUAGGUGAAAAUAAAAAAUCAAAUGAAAACCAUAACAAGCCCUCCUCUUCUAAUGGUCAUCUUGAUGACAUUCAAAUAAUCUCAUCUGAUGAUGAAAAUAAAACAAAAAGUCCUAAAAAAAAAGUUAAAUCACCUCCAACAACACCUAAAAAAUCAACUCCAACGAUACCUAAAAAAUCUACAUCAACAACACCUAAAAAAUCUACUCCAACAACAUCUAAAAAAUCAUCUCAAAUAAAUAAUAUAUCACCUGUAAAAAAACCUCGUACACCAAGUAAACAAAAAAGUCCAAUAAAAACUAAAAAACAAUUAACAUUACAUGAUAUGAAAUUUACAAAAAAUUCCAACAAUAACAAUAAGACAAAUAAUCAAUUAUUAAAAAAAUCUUCAUCAACAUCUGUAACAACAUAUAAUAUAGCUGUACCGUAUUCAUUAUUACAAAAAUUAGAUAAAACACGUCGUGAUCGUGGUUUACAAUCGAAAGUAUUUCAACGUCUUGUAUUACAUUGUGCACGUACAUUAAAUGAUAAACAACGUUUACGUUUACCUGAUGAAUAUCGUUCAUUAAUACAAACAAAAUUUGAAGAAUUAGAAUUAAAACGACGUUUAUCAGAAAUGACUGAACAAGAAAAAAAAAUUUUUCUUCAAACUAAACAAAAACAAAAACAAUUCGAACAUAAAUCAUGUGAAGAUUUAGAUUUAAUAUCAUCAAAAAUUUUACCAUUACCGAAACAAAUUGAAUCAUUAAUAUAUAUACCAUCACAUUAUAUUGGUGAUUUACUUGUUGUAUGUACUUUUUUUACAUCAUGUCAUACAUUAUUUUUAUCAUCAUUAACUGAUAAUUUAUCUAAAACAACACAACAAUUUUUACGUUCAUUUCGACAUAAUUAUUUAUUAGAUGCUUAUAAAACAUCAUCAACAACAAUUUUUUUAAAUUAUUUUAUUGAAUUUUUACAAAUAUUAUUAAAAUUAUUAUUUAAAGAAGAUGAUAAUCGUUUAAAUAAUGAUGAUAUUAAUAAUAAUGAUGAUGAUGAUAAACAACAACAACAACAACAAUUAAAUCAUGAUCAACAAGUUAUGGAAAUAAAUCAUUCCGAACAACUUAUUAUUGAUGAUGAUAUUGAACAAGUUUAUGAUACGAAAUUAACUGAUAUACCCUUAACACCAUUUACAUGUCAAGAAUUAACACGUUUAUAUUUAUUAAAAGAUAAAAAUGAAAAUUAUCGAACUAUUUUAGACAAAUUAGCUAAUUUAGAAACAAAAGAUUUUUCAAUUUCAGACCAAAUCGAUCUUCUCUUAUUAUUAGUUAAUUUAAUAACAACUAAUAAUGAAAUAAUGUCUGAUUAUUUUGAAUAUUUAACUCGUACAAUGUCUGAAACAUAUCGUGAACGUAAUCAAUUAUUAUCUGAACGUCGUAAAGCACAAGAAGAAGAAAGUAAACAAAAAAAAUUACAAUUACAAAAUGGUGAAAAUGGAAAAUUUUCAUCGAAAAAACAAAAUAAAAAUAGUUUAUUAAUGACACCAAAAAAUAGUCUUAACACAACAAAUGAUGAAAAUCAUCAAUUAUCAUCACCAACAGCAACAACAGUUCAGGAUGAUAAUAUUGAUAGUGAUGAUGAUCUUAAAAGUGUUUUACAAAGACGACGACAAAUGGUCGCUAUGUCAAAAGAAUUAAAAGAAAAACGUGAACUUGAAGCACAAAAACUUCAUAAUGAACAAAAACGAGAAUUAGCUAUACAACGGGCUGAACAAGUUUAUCAAGAUGCACUUCUUAAUCUCCAAUUUGGUUUUCGAAUUAAACCGUUAGGUUUUGAUCGUAAUUAUAAUCGUUAUUGGUUUUUUAAAGGUCAUGCUGGUUGGAUUGGUUCUGAAAUAAGUUAUUCUACUCAAAUAUCUUCAUCUCAAGAUAUAUCUUCUUCUCGUUCUUCAUCGAUUAGUAUCAAUGAAAAAUUAAUUCCAAAACAUGAAACAAAUCAAUGGUGGACAUAUGAUAAUGAAACAGUUAUUGAACAAUUACUACAAUCAUUAAAUGAACGUGGUAUUCGUGAACAUAAUUUAUUAUUAAAUAUUAAAAAAAUCAUGCCACUUUUACAAACAGAAUUUGAACAAAUAAAAAAAGAUAAAAAUUCAAACGAAAAUCAAUCUGAAGAAUCUAUUUCAAAUACUGAAACAUCCAAUGAUCAACAACAACAGCAACAACAACAACAACAACAAUCAUCAAAUGAUAUAAUAUCAUCAUUUAAAAAUGAUCUUGAAGAUAUUGAAACACGUUUACGUCUUGGUUCAUUAGGUGGUUUUAUUGUUAAUGAUAAUCUUGUUGAAUGGCAAACUAAAUUAAAACAAUCUAUUGAACGUAAUGAUUUAGGUGAAUUACUUAUACAAUUACAACAAACAGUACCUGAUAAAUUUGCAUCUAGUAUAUUUGGUAUAUAUGACAAUCAAUUAAAAAAUUUAAAAACAUCAACAAAAAAAAAAUUUUCAACUAUAAAAUCAACAAUAAAUAAUCAACAUAAUUUACAAAUAUGGAUGAAUGAUUGUCGAACAUGUAAAACAUAUUCACGUUUAUAUAUAUUAAUGAUUAUAUUUGAAAAUUCCAUAGCAUGGAAUAAAUCAACAAUUGGUAUUAAAUGUAAAAUAUGUCGUAAAAAACAUAAAGAUGAAUAUAUUAUUGUUUGUGAUCAAUGUUGUCAAGGUUAUCAUUUAGAAUGUUUACGUAGUUAUACAAUAAAUACAAUUAAAAAUUCAACAAAUGAUUUAUGGUAUUGUCCAGCAUGUCGUCCACAAUCAAUAUCAAAACGACGUUAUAAUACUAAACAAGAACAAAUUAAAACAAAAUCAGAUUAUUAUGAUACAGAUAUAUAUGAUAUGGAUGCUGAUACAACAUCAAAUAUAAGUAGUCAUGAUAAUAAUCAUGAUGUAUCAGAUUUAAAUAGUGAACCAAGUAAUAAUAAUAAUAAUAUUGAUGAAACAAAUGAAGAAAAUAUCUGUUGUGUUUGUGCUGUUGAAACAAGUGAUGAUAAUGAAUUAAUACAAUGUAUACAAUGUCGAAGUUUAUUUCAUUGUCAAUGUCAUGAACCACCAUUAAGAUGUCCACCUAGAUCAACAACAUGGAUGUGUAACAGUUGUAGAAAUGGUAUUAAUAAUGAAACAACUUAUUCCAAUAGACGUAUACAAACACGUAGGCAAAUUAAUGUUAGAAAACAAGAACAACGUUCUAGAACACAACCACAAAGACAUAAUGGAACACGUAGAACUGUACGUAAAAAUUAUCGUGAAAUUGAUGAAGAUGAAGAUGAAUAUGAAGAAGAACAAGAAGAACAAGAACAAGAAAUUGAAAACGAUAAUGAAAGUGAUUAUGAAGAAGAAACACGAAAUCAACGACGUUCAAAACGUGUACGUCGAUUAAGUCCAUCAUCAACAAAUGAUAAAUCAGAUGAUGAUUAUGAUAUUCGACGUCCAGCACGUCGACGAGUACGUAUAGCAAAAUCAUCAUCAUCAUCAUCAUCAUCAUCAUCGGUAUUAUCAGAUGAANAAAAAUCAAAUCAAGCAAAAUAA